AUGCGUUAUCUCGUGCUUAUUCUGGUGUUUUUGAGCUUCGAUUCGUGCUGUUCGUCGAAAUACGAAGGUGUGGAAUCUAAACAAACGGCGACGAAAGAUCCAGCGUCAGAUAGAGAUGCCGCGGAUUUGGGAGCUGUUAGUUAUCACAGGAAAUUACUUGGCCGUUUCCAGAACCCCUACACCAAUUUGACUGGAUACAAGGACCGUCCUGUGGCAGUUGUAACAACACCGUCGUCUUCUGUGCGUUCUCGGACAUCUAAUACCAGUAAAUCCUCAACAUUGCCUCCACCACAAAAAAGUCCUCCUGCGCCAAUUGCUUCUGCUCCACCUCCUUUUUAUGUGCCACUUGCGAAUCUUCCUAGUCUAAGAAAAAGCUCCAAAUCUUCUUCAAACAGCAUGGUUCCUAUAGUUGCUGGCUGCAUAGGCGGUGCUGUGUUUCUUGUGCUUUUAGCUACUGGUGUCUUCUUCUUCAAAAGUAAGGCUGGGAAAUCUGUGAAUCCUUGGCGUACCGGUCUUAGUGGACAACUUCAGAAAGCGUUCAUAACUGGUGUUCCCAAACUCAAAAGAUCUGAGAUCGAAGCUGCCUGUGAAGAUUUCAGUAAUGUCAUUGGGUCUUGCCCCAUUGGUACAUUGUUCAAAGGGACACUAUCGAGUGGGGUGGAGAUAGCUGUGGCUUCUGUUGCUACUUCGUCUGCGAAAGAAUGGACAAAGAACAUAGAAAUGCAGUUCAGAAAGAAGAUCGAAAUGUUAUCAAAGAUCAACCACAAAAACUUUGUCAACCUUCUUGGUUACUGUGAAGAAGAUGAACCUUUCACUAGAAUACUGGUCUUUGAAUAUGCAUCAAACGGAUCAGUCUUUGAGCAUUUACACUAUAAAGAAGAAUCAGAACACUUGGACUGGUUAAUGCGGCUAAGAAUAUCAAUGGGCGUAGCAUAUUGCCUUGACCAUAUGCAUGGGCUCAAGCCACCUAUAGUCCACAGCAACCUUCUCUCAUCAUCAGUCCACCUCACAGAGGACUAUGCAGUCAAAAUCGCGGAUUUCAACUUCGGUUACCUAAAAGGCCCGUCCGAGACAGAAACCAGCACCAAUGCACUCAUAGAUACGCCGCGCAUCUCUGCCGCAACCCAAGAAGACAAUGUCCACAGUUUCGGUUUGCUGUUGUUCGAGUUGAUGACCGGAAAACUCCCUGUGUCGGUUAAGAAAGACGACUCUGUAGAUACCGGAUUGGCUGAUUUCUUGAGAGGAAAGACUUUGAGGGAGAUGGUGGAUCCAACGCUGGCGUGUUUUGAUGAGAAGAUUGAGAAGAUAGGCGAAGUGAUCAAAAGCUGUGUAAGGGAAGACCCGAAACAGAGGCCGGUGAUGAAGGAAGUCACGGGGAGGUUUAGAGAGAUCACGGGAUUAUCACCGGACGAUGCGAUUCCGAAGCUUUCGGCUCUAUGGUGGGCAGAGCUGGAAGUGUUGUCCACUGCGUGA